CGGGCUGCUGCCGGGUCGGAGGCGGAAAUGCUUCCUUCCGACGUGCCAUCGUCGCUCCGCCACGCUCCGCACUGCUCUGCUCGGACGAGGUGUGGCGGUGCGACAGUGAGGCCGGCGUCAUGGCGGUGCUCGGCCUGGGACUCGCGGCAGCGCUUGCUUUUGCAGAGGUGGCGCUACUGCAGCCGCCACUUACGGCCGCAGCAAGGGUCCAACUAUGAGAUCAUCCUGGAGAGGAUCGAGGGGCACGAGCCGAACCCGGAGUACCUGACCCCCGACACCUUCAUCCGGAUCCGGCGCAGCGACAAGGGGGGCCUCCCGGGGCUGUUCCACAAGAUCGUUAUCGCCAAGGCCUGGCCCAACGACACCGAGGCUGAGGUCAUCAUGUUCGAGAUGCGUGACAACAAACCGGUCCCCGGCUGGCUCAAGUACAAGCGCAACUUCUGCGACUACAUCGCCAACGAGAAGAAGCCCAUCCUCAACGAGAUCGGCAACAUGUACCACUUUAAGCCGUGCCCCUUCCAGGGCACCUACAAGGUGGACGACUGGCGGCCCGACGAGCACCUUCUGCCGCCCGUCCUGCCCGGCCCGGACCGCAUGAUGCUGGGCUUCAAGUUCACGUCGGGCCCCACCCUCAUCCUCAAGUACAACGUCGUGUUCUCCGUGGACCGCUCCAAGGGCAAGCGCGGGGGUCGCGGCUAGCCCAGCCUACGCGGCAAGCAACCAGGCCGGGCUGGGGAGUGAACCAAUUUUCGAUAUUUUCAGGUGCUGUGUGCUGAGCCCCAUUGUCAGGUUUCAAAAAAUAUUAACCAAGGAAGACA